AUGUCACUCGAGCAACCGGACGACAAAGUACAGGUGACGUACGUCUACUUACACCCGGGUAACGAUGACCAGGAGCAUUUUUGUGGCAAAACCAAAGUCGUAGACUUUGUACCUAAAAAGGCGUCAGAGCUGCCCAUAUGGGACAGUGGGGUCCCGACCUCAUCGGAGGUGGAGAUCCUGUUACGACCCGUACGGCUAUACAACGACCCCUUCCGUAGGGGUAAUAAUAAGCUGGUAUUGUGUGACACCCUAUCGGACGACAUGACACCCCUUCCCAGUAAUCAUAGGCAGCCGUGUCUGGAGGCCAUGGAGGCGGCCAAGGAUGAGCACCCGUGGUUUGGGUUGGAACAGGAGUACAUGCUUAUGGAUGUCAAUGAUAACUGGCCCCUGGGUUGGCCUAAAGGUGGUUACCCCGAGGACAUACAUCUGCCACAUGUGUUGUAUCACUCGGCUGUCGGUGCGAACAAACAGUUCGGUAGGGAUGUGAUGGACGCCCACUUCAGAGCCUGUCUGUACGCCGGGGUUAAUAUUAGCGGUGAAAAUGCUGAGGCUAUGCCUUCUCAGUGGGAGUACCAGGUAACGUACGUGUUCUCGCACCCGGCUAAAGAUGGUCUUGAGCAUUUAUGCAACAAGAGCAGGGUCAUCGACUUUGUGCCUAAACAGGCCUCAGACCUACCCGUAUGGGACUGCGGGUUAGUCACCGACACCGUCACCGAAAUGGUGUUACGACCCGUACGGCUAUACAACGACCCCUUCCGCGGGGGUAAUAAUAAGCUGGUAUUGUGUGACACCCUGACCCCCGACAUGACACCCAUGGGUAGUAAUCAUAGGCAGUCGUGUCGGGAGGCCAUGGAGGCGGCUAAGGGAGAGCACCCGUGGUUUUCGUUGGAACAGGAGUAUCUGCUUCUGGAUGCCAGCGAUAACUGGCCCCUGGGGUGGCCUAAGGGCGGGUAUCCCGAGAGUAUAUCGUCGCCUAACGUCCACUACCUCUAUGGCGUCGGUGCGAACAUACAGUGCGGUCGCGAUGUAAUGGAGGCCCACUUCAGGGCCUGUCUGUACGCCGGGGUUAAUAUUAGCGGUGAAAAUGCGGAGGCGAUAACUGGCCAAUGGGAGUACCAGGUGGGUCCGUGUGAGGGUAUCCGCAUCGGCGACGACGUACUCAUGUCUCGAUACCUACUGCACAGAGUGGCCGAAGACCUACGCAUUGCCGUAACCUUUGACCCGAAACCCAUACCCAAUAUGCCGGGCUCUGGCGCUCACAUGAACUUCAGUACAGAGAAAAUGCGUGCAAAGGGAGGGCUGACUGAGAUUGAGAGGGCCAUCGAAAAGCUUAGCAAAAGGCAUGAGAAACAUCUCGCCCUCUAUGACCCCCACGAGGGCGCCGAUAACGCCCGGCGCCUAAUUGGGUCCCAAUUUUACGGGUCGGAUAUGAAUACGUUUACAUCAGGUGUGGGCAAUCGCGGGGCCAGUAUUCGCAUACCUAAACGGGUGGCACAGGAGGGCAGAGGUUAUAUGGAGGACAGGCGACCGGCAGCUAAUUGCGACCCCUAUAUGGUGGCCGAGGCUCUCGUGCGCACCUGUCUAUUGAAUGAGUGA